AUGGAUAAGACCUUUUUUGCCGAUAUAGCUGAUGAUUACAAAAAAUUAUAUGAAACCAGGGAAGGUUGUGAUGUUAUUAUCUUUUCUGGCCAAGAUCCAAACGUCAAGAAAAUACGUGCACAUUCUUUAGUGCUUCGCACUCGGUCUACUUAUUUUCGUGGGCUGUUUUCUUCAAAUUGGGCAGAAAAAACCAAAGAAGGUUACUUCAUUUUAAAGAAACCCAAUAUUAAUAGUUUGGUUAUUGAAAUUAUCCUUAAGUUUCUCUAUUGUGGAGUCGUGGAUCUUCAAACACUUGAAGGCGCAACAGUCUUAGAACUUUUAAUCGCAACAGAUGAACUCGGAAUUGAAAAACUUAUAGAACAUGUCCAAAAAUUUUUAAUUAAGCAUUGUUACGAGUUCUUAAAACAAAAUUCUGUUAAAAUGCUUCAUAUUGUUACACGUCAUGAAGCAUUCGGCGAACUUAGGGAAGUUUCUUUUGAUUUCAUUUGCCAAAGUCCAGACUUAUUAUUUAGUUCGGAUAAGUUCUUUUCGUUAGAAGAGGACGUAUUGAAAUUAAUUCUUAAAUGUGAUGAUCUAGAUAUGGAUGAAAGUAUUAUCUGGGAACAGGUCAUUAAAUGGGGAAUCGCUCAACAUCCAAAAUUUAAGAGUGAUGUGAAGAAAUUCGCUAAUGGAGAUUUUGAAACGUUAAAAACUACAUUACAUGGAUUACUUCAACUUGUCAGGUUUCACCAAAUAGAUAAAGAAAAAAUUAUUUCCAAAGUUUGGCCAUUCAGGCGCCUCCUUUCUGAUGAUUUAAUAGAAGAUAUUCUACGUUGUCAUUUUGUUUCUAGUGCUACGCCACUUUAUAAUGUAUUACCGGCCAGAGAAGGUCUUAAAUUCGAAAUCGACUCGGUAUUAAUUAAUAAAAGGAUUGCACUAUUAUUUAUUAAAUGGAUAGAUAAUGGAACUUCUAAUGACGAGGAUUUAAAGAAAAUUGGAUACAGUUUUAAUCUUAUUUUCCGAAGUAGUAGAGAUGGUCUUAUAUCCAGUACAUUUCAUCAAAAAUGCGACAACAAAGGUGCAACUAUCGUUGUGGGAAAAGUUUCUAAUUCAAAUAAACUGGUUGGUGGUUAUAAUCCGCUUAACUGGAGUGGAAAUGGUCAAUAUAGAAAUACAACAGAUAGCUUUUUAUUUUCAUUAAGCGAUCUUAAUAAUCCCAAAAGUGCAACAUUAGGACGUGUUACUAAUGGUGUUAAUGCAGUUUAUUGCCGUAAUAGUUAUGGCCCGACUUUUGGAGGUGGUCACGAUUUAUACGCUCCAAAUAACAAUAGUAAUUGGUCAUUUAACGUAAAUUCCUAUCCUAGUAUCAAUCUCCCAGGGUCAGUUUCGAUUUCUGAUUAUGAA